CAUACAUACAUACAUACAUACAUACAUACAUGCAUACUGAGUAAGGAACCCCGGUCUACAGCAACCUGCCACGACUUCGGAGAACUGUUAUUGUAUCUGUCAUUAAACAAAGAUGAAGAAAAACUCCUGAUUACGGUAGCCAAGGCAUACAAUUUGCGUCCCAUGGACAUAACUGGUGCCUCAGACCCGUACGUCAAAAUAAUCCAGCUGAAUGGAAUCAAGCGAAUCAGGUCGAAAAAAACUUCGAUCAAAAGAGCAAAUCUCCAUCCAGUGUACUAUGAGCAUUUGACACUGGAUAUUCCCAAAGCCUCAAUCAAUAGCACCAAUCUUUUGAUUAAGGUUAUGGAUUGGGACAGAAUCGGCAGGGACGACCUUCUAGGCUGUUGUAUCAUCGGCAAGGACAGUCCAACAGAAGACGGACGUGAGCAGUGGAGGAGAUGCAUUGAGCAAGAAACGAAAGCCUCGAUAGGGAUGUGGCACUCGCUGCUUUCAGACGUUCCAAAGGAAUUUACCGUACACUGUCACACUGCGGCGAAGAAAUAG